AUGGCGGACGCCGCCGUGGAAUUCCUGCUGGAGAACCUGAAGCAGCUGCUCCUGGACAAGGCGGAUCUGAUCCACGGAGCCAAGGCCCAGGUCGCGCGGCUCCAGGAUGAUCUGUGCUUCUUCAAUGCCUUCCUCAAGGACUCCACCAAGAAACGGCGGAAGGACCUCUGCCACAAAGAGCUCGUCCGGCGGAUUCGCAAUGUCGCGUACGACGCGGAGGACGUCAUUGACGCCUAUGUGACCCAGGCGAAGGACAGCAGGUCGAAGAACUACUUCCUCAGGUCCAUCAAGCCGUUCCAGCUCACUAACAUCGCCGUGGAGGUUGAGGACGUCCGGGCCAAGGUAAAAGAGAUCUACGACAAUUGGCACCUCAUGGACUUUUCCAGACUCGAGAUUGGAGAUGAAAAGCCGGACGAUGUCGAGGCACCAAUCGUGAGGCAAGAAAACGUGGUCGGUUUUGAGGACGAGGCAGCGAAAAUAAUUGGGUAUCUCAAGGAGGAGACCGAACAACUCGAUGUCAUCUCAAUAAUCGGCAUGCCCGGCCUUGGAAAGACGACAUUGGCCGGAAAAAUCUUCCGGGACCCAACCAUCCAGUACGAGUUCCCCACUCGCAUAUGGGUCUACAUUUCCCAAGAAUUCAGGAAGAAAGACAUCUUUCUAAACAUCUUAAAACAGUUAACGAGUAUCACUGAGGACAUGAUUAAUCACAAAAGUGAUAUGGAGCUAGCUCAACUGGUGGCGUCUCAUUUAGAGGAAGGGAAAUUCUUGAUCAUCAUGGACGACAUGUGGGCAGCCGACGACUGGGAAAAGCUCCAAAUCGCCCUCCCAAAGGGCAACAAGAUGGGAAAAGUCUUGAUCACCAGCCGCAGUGACCAGGUGGCCCGGAAAGCCAACCGAAAUAGGCCUGACCACAAGCUGCGUUUCUUGACUCAAGAGGAAAGUUGGAAGUUGCUGAACCUCGAGGUCUUUGGCAAGCCUGAUUGCCCGUCCGAGUUUGAGGUUUUUGGGAAGCAAAUUGUCGACCAGUGUUGUGGGCUGCCCCUCGCCAUAGUGAUCAUUGGGGGUGUUCUAGUCACAAAAGUCUCACUGUUUGAUGAUAUCAAUGUGAAAAGGCACCAUUGGAAAAAGAAUGAGGCCAGGAGUGAAAAUUUCCUCGAGGAGAUUAAAAAGUUACGUGAAGGGGGUUUCAACAUCCUUGUCACUAAUGUGGACCAAUAUCGCCGCCUCUGCAUCCACUCCAACGUUAUGGACUUUGUCAACUCUGAGAAGCUCUACGGAUCCCGUAUCCGCUCUUUCACCUGUUUCUCCAAGGAGGAGAUCACCCUCACGGGAAUGAGUCUCACCAACAUCCCCUCGGCCUUCAAGCUCCUCCGGGUCCUAGAAGCCAAGCCCAUAAAGUUCCCCAAGAUCCCUUCCGAGAUUUGUAAGCUUUUUCACCUGAGGUACAUCAAGCUGUCCUGCUACUCGGCCUCCCUUCCCAUCUCCUUCUCCAAAUUCUCGAACCUGCAAACCUUGGUGAUUGACACCACGGCCAGUAUGCUCGACAUCAAAGUUGAUAUCUGGAAAAUGAUCCAUCUUAGGCACAUAAAAACAAAUGCAUCUGCAUCCCUGCCCGAGCCCGAGCCCAAGACAGCGGGCAAUAAAAACGAGAAGCUCCAGACCCUUGGCUUCAUCUCGCCUCACAGCUGCACAGAGAAAAUACUCAAUCAGGCCCGUAACCUGAAAAGGCUCGGCAUCCGUGGGCCCUUGGCCCCGCUUUUAGAAGGCAAGGUCGGGUCGUUCGACAACCUUGCGACGAUAGAAGGCAUCGAGAAGCUGAAGCUCGUGAAUGAUGUGUGCCUUAGCCCAGCCUCUGAGGGCCAGCCGCGGUUUCUUCCUCAGCAUUACAGGUUCCCUCUGAAUCUCCGGAGCCUUACUUUGUCUAGAACAUUUCUCGAAUGGAGCCAAAUGUCCACCUUGGGCUUGCUUGGAAGCCUUGAGGUGCUGAAGCUGAAGGACCAGGCUUUCAAGGGAAAGACCUGGGAGACUGUGGAUGGGGGAUUCCGCUGCCUGGAAGUGUUGUUUAUUAGGCAGACAGACCUGGUCGAGUGGAAGGCCUCAGGACAUCACUUCCCGAGGCUCAGGCGGCUCGAGUUGAAGAACUGUGAGGAGCUUGGGGAGAUUCCAAUGGGGCUGGCGGAUGUGCCAAGCCUGCAGUUGUUGGACGUUUACCGUUGUAAAUCUGCAGCUGGGUCCGCUAAGAGAAUCUGUGAGGCCAUACAGAAGAAGAAACAGGAGGACCAAACUCAAGUUGGCGGAGUCGGAAAGUUCAAGCUCAUCAUUUUUCCUCUCGAUGAUUUGUUGGCUUGA